CUGCGUUCUACAAGUCCAGAACACGGACAAGGAAUCUAGAGCAAAGUUGGGUUCAAGUCAGGAGGGCGAUAAUGAUAUAUCCAUAAACUCACAGAGAUUCUCGGGUCUUUUUUUGUAAACUUCGGUGAGCCUAACUAAGCCUACCUGUCAAUCCCAAUGCCAGACACUAUGAGAGCUCUUGUAGGCGCCGACUCGGGCAGCCGCUACCGCCUCGCCCAGGACGCCCCAAUUCCCGUCCCUCCACGCGGCAUGUUGCUUGUCCGCGUUCACUCGGUCGCUUUCAACCCACGCGAUGCCAACAAGAUAGUCGACUACUCCUCCAACGCUGCUGCUCCCGGGUCAAUCGGCGGUGGCUGCGACUUCGCCGGCACCGUCGCCCGGCUGGGCGAGGGCGUGACGCGGUUCCAGGUGGGCGACCGCAUCCUCGCCUUCUCCUUCGGCCCAGACGCCACGGACAAGAGCAAAGGAGGCGCCUUUGCCGAGUUCGCGCUGGCCGAGCAAGAUAGCAGCUGCCGCGUGCCCGACGCCAUGGAUUUCGCCGAGGCGUGUUCGAUCGGCAUGGGGCUCGCCGCCGUCGGCCAGCUGUCCAUACUGCACGGCGGCGGCGACGACAACAACAACACCAACACCACUGUGCUCGUUUCCGGCGGCGCGACGCCCGCCGGCACCAUGGCCACACAGCUCCUCAAGAUGGCCGGCUACACCCCGAUCGUCACCUGCUCGCCCGCCGACAACGCCCUGUGCCGGGAAUACGGCGCCGCCGCGUGCUUCGACGACCACUCGCCGGCCUGCGGCGCCGACAUCCGCGUGCACACCGACAAUAGCCUCCUCUACGCGCUAGACUGCAUCGCCGAUGACGCCACCAUGAAGAUGUGCUACGAGGCCAUCGGCUCCGGCUCCGGCUCGUCGUAUUACUUCGGCCUCGAGAAACCCGCUAAUGCCAUCGCCGUCAAGUACACGCGGCGGGACGUGCAGGCCGACUGGACGCUGGCCGACGGCGCCCAAGUGUUGGGCGGCGGCCUUGACAAUUUACCCGCGGCCUUGGAGGACUUGAAUACGCGGAGGGUGCACAAUACGAAGAAGCUGAUUGUGCCGCUCAUGGCGUAGUAGGAGUACCUAGGUAGUCAGUAGAUGGGCUGUAGGCUUCAUACAGCCAUCGCUUGACAUGAUUAGACCGAAUUAGAUCUUGGCUCGAAUUUUUGCAUUGAGUUCUGUGUCUACUGUUAAACAAGAGUACUCAAUCCGAAGAAAAGUUCAGCUUCAUACAUGACUUCAUACAUGACUUCAUACAUGACUUCAUACAUGACUUCAUACAUGACGUCAUGCAUG